CGAGGAGACCGUUAGAGGAAGUCGUCUGCAGGUGGGGCGACCUGGCCCUGGAUCUAAACCUUCCCAUGGAGAAAAUAUAGUUCAAGAGAUGUACAUCUAUAUACCGAGAUCGCGUUUGAAUGCAACGGUUCUCUGCAGUUUGACUCAAGGAAGCUGCUGAUGACGGUGGGCAUCGGCUCCAGAGAACGUCUGCAACUCACGUGGAGGACUUCAUCACUCUUUCUCUUUUCUACCAAUUACUGGACGACCCUGCCCACAGUGCUAACAACAGCCCCCGACAACACAAGCAACAGAGAUAUGCUAAUGGCCAAGCUAGACCAACCCUACCAUACAUUCACUAAUAUGUCGGGCUCGUCUAUAUGGAUGGGUUUCUCAAGACACUUGUUCUUCAUCGGCAUCAGCUUCAACAGGACAAAGAGUGGUGAAAUUGUGAAGUUUCAGCUCUAUUACAGUAUACAGGCUGAUUGUAGCAAACACUACAGAGACACCAGUAUAUUUCAACCUUAUCUUGACGACACCGCGCAGUCUCCUAAUACGUUCUCGCUUACUUACCUAGACGAAGGAAAUAACACAACGGCAGUCGUAGUCCUGGACACAACGACGGCGGCAACUUGUUUGUGGAUUUCUGUCCUGGAGCAGGUCCAGCCUUCGUCCCACGACAUCAGCGUCUAUACGACCUCACAUGACGUUCUUGACGCUCCUAUCUUCGCUCUACAGUGGUGGCUUGAUUCGACUAGCAGUCCCGAACCGAACAUCGCUUCGACCACCGCUGUCACGUCAUCGACUACUUAUAACAUCAUGACGACAUCUUCAUGUACAACUACAACCGUCUGCGAGAUGACAUCACCAGAUGUACUAACGACGAAUACGAUGCCCACGGAGACAAUGCAACACACAGUUUCUAAGAGGAUCAUGAAGUCACGUCCUCUGUAGUACAAACUGAAGCUGCGCUGGAAGAGAUGAUGAGAGCUGUGCAAGAGAGUUUGAUGGUCCCUAAGGGAGAAACUGCAAAGUUCAAGCGGCAGUUUGUCUCAGCCCCGGACGACCGGCCAUCAGCAGUUUUGCUGGGUGUGGUGGAGUGACUUGCAUCGUCACCGUCAUGUUUGGAGUCCUGGCUCUUGACUUCGCUCGUCUUUCCCGAGACUUCAAGCAUCUGACCUCUAACCUCAGCCAAUGUUGGGACCGAGUGGCUGACAAAGCCAUAAGGCGACAACCUCAUCCAUCUCACCGUUACCCUCAACGCACAGGUUCGCAGAUCUAGGGGUACGUCUACCUUGGGUGCCCCAGACCAAGGGCGGCAACUGUCAACGUCCACGUUCAUUGGGCUCCAAGAUUUAUCUUUUCUUGUCCAGCUCCAUGUAUCAGGCAGAACUUCCCGGCCAUGGCAAAUUGUUUGAUUCGGAUGCGAAUGAUAGAAGUGUUCAUUAGCUGUUUGAUCAUCAAAAUGCACAUAUUUCCCACUGUCUCUGUCCUAAUCCACGUCUACAUCUUUGAGGGAACUUUCUUUGCUACUAAAUGCUGUAAUACUUCUCGCACCUGUCACCGUUUGCGUCACAUCAUACCUUGAAGAGGCCGAGUUUUAAAAACAGUCCACUGAUGCCUAGUUCUGUUCACUCUUUUUAUAUCUCUAGCUGACUCAUUUCUUUGAAGUGGGAUGGCCUACCGAAUAAAGCACUCGAUCUGAUUGGAUUUGUUUGUCACUAUUUCACUACUUCGCUCACAUCUCUGUAGUCUCCUUCAAAUCACUUUAAAGCAACAUUAAAUGCGAAAUUUCUUU